AGGAUGUUGAACCUCCCGGAGCACAUUUGUCUAUUCCUCGUUGACACCAUCUCCUUUGUCUCUGUCUGUGUUAUUUUCCUGGCCCUCAAAAGCUCAUCUUCUCUCCCGGUUUAUUCCGUGGAGUUUGUAAGAGAUGAUGCUAAUUACAUGGUCCCUUCUCAGCUGCCGACUAUAACUCCCGGAUUGAUGUCCAUUUAUCGCAUGUCACACCGAUAAUAUUUAUAGUUGUGCUCUGUGUCCUGCGAGCAUUGCAGAGAGAGGGUUUCAACAGUGGACUUAAAACCAUAGUCCCCCCUCAAAAACUGGGACAGUUACAAAUCCCUCCGGCCAUAAUGGCUGGAUUAUUUUACACUGGUUACUUCUUCUUUGGUGCUUGCCUGAUGGCUAUACUGAACAAAGGGGUGGCCCACAUGGUUGGAAAACUCUCCCCAAACUUCCUGUCUGUCUGCAAGCCGAACUACACAAGUGGAGCCCUUGUUUUCACUAGACGCGUCUGUUCUGGAGAAGAAGAAGAUAUCGUAAAGGCAUCCUUAUCAUUCCCCGCUGAGUAUGCGUCCCACCUCUCUUUUGGAUUCUUCUUCAACAUAGCUAUUGUAUACUGCAUACCUCAACUCAGAAAGGUACCCAUGACAAGAGUUUUGUGUUUGUUUCUCCUGAUGGCUGUAGCUAUCCUCAGUAGUCUAACUAGAUACACAGAGGGAUUCAACCAUCUUGUUGACGUGUUUGUAGGGAUUGUUGUUGGGGUUACCUCUGCUGCUUACAUUGUCUUUGAUUCUCUCAGGUUGUUUGGAAAAUUGAGGAGUCCUGACGGAGACAUGAGGCACCCAACACAUACUCAACAGACGGCUAACAUCACAUUUGAUGAGCUCUCCAACUUGCCCUACACUGACCUUCAAGUUGAGAUGGAUGACCAAUAAGUUCCUACUGAUCAAUAAGUUCAUACUUACUUACUUUGUCAUAAUGCACUGCAGAUUAAAUUUCAUGCCAUCUUUUUAGAUUAGAAAUAUUUAUUUUUGACAGGAUUUGUUGUAUCCUUAAAUAUCUGUAGUUCCCUUAAAUGCUGGAAAUUUUAAAGAAAUCUUUUAGGAUUUAACAUCCUUUAACUGUGUAUUAUAUAAUACCUUUUAGGUGUUGCAUGAUUCUCAUGCAAUCAUUAUUCGAUUCGAAUUUACUGUUUAUUUAUUUGGAGCCAGGUUAUGUUUUGUGAAAGAUCCCGACUUGACAAUUGCUCCUUAAGAAAUGUAUGUUUUUUAUUCUUUCCAAAAUAUUUAAUAGAUUUUAGUAUUUAGUAUUCAAGUAUUAAAGCAUGAAAAGUUAUUUAUUAAGUUAUUACAAUCGAGUUAAGAGAAGCUGUUUUUAUUAGAAAUUGCUAGUUAUAAAAUGUGUAUGUAUUUGUGCAAUAAUAUUUAUAGAUUGCUAUUUCUAAAAAGUGUAUGUAUUUGUGAAAUUAUUUAUGCUAUGUAAUAAGAUAAUAUUGCGUAAUAUUUUUUUAUAUAUUUCAUUGUUUUAUUAACUGCUAUU